CGCCUGGCGCCGGGGGGCGCCCGCCGCCCAACAGCGCCCCCUGGCGGCCGGGGCGCGCAGGGCCGGGGCGCAGGCGCCGUUGCGCUGGAGGCGCGUCCGGGCCCGGUGGCGAUGGCGGCGGCCAAGGGGGACGGGGCGGUGGGGGAGCUGGAGCUGCAGGCGGCCAUCGGCUUCAACGGACAUGUUCCCUGUGGCCUCAUCUGCCACCCCGACAGGGAGCACAUCCUGUACCCCCUGGGCUGUACGGUGGUGAUUCAGCACCUGGACACUAAGAAACAGAGUUUCUUGCAUGGCCACACCGAUAACGUGUCCUGCGUUGCCGUGUCCAGGGAUGGGAUGUACGUCGCUUCAGGACAAGUCACCUGCAUUGGAUUCAAGGCAGACGUCAUCCUCUGGGAUUUCCCAAAGCAGGAGUUACUUGCUCGGCUCUCGCUGCACGAGGGCAAAGUCGAGGGACUCUCGUUCUCGCCCAGAGGCAUUUAUCUUGUGUCCCUGGGAGGCCAGGACGACGGCAGGGUGAUGGUGUGGGACGUCAGUAAGAGAGAGGCUGUGUGCGGGAGCCCGGCCUCGCCGCGCAGCGCCGGCAAUGCCAACGUCGUCAUGUGCUCCAGCUGCAGGGACGAGAUGUUUGUCACUGCUGGAAAGUAAGGGUUUGUUGAGAGG